AUGAAGAAUGAGGGCAUGGAGAACAGCAUUACCAGACAAGCCGCGGACCCGGCGGGAUACUUCAAGAGCUCCAGGGCUUACCAGCAUGCCAACGAGUCGCCCAAGCCUCCCAAGGUACUGAAGAUGGCCGAGCACUCGACGGCAGUGCGCAUACAGGCUCUGGCGCUGGCCGAGGCCAGUAUCUCAUCGGAACGCAUCUUCGAGAUUACAGGAAUAGACCCCAAAGUAUUAGCCGGACUGCGCAAGCUGGCGCGCGAUCGCGGCUAUGACCCCAAUGUGUCGAUGCAGCUCAAGGAAGAAUAUGUGCUUGAUCCGCCCAAUGCCAAUCGACCUCGUGGUCGCCCUAAGAAAAGGAAGCCCGAGGACGAUGUCGACCCGGCCCUUCAAGGUCUGGAACCGAAUGUUCGCGCUCCACCCGGCUAUGUAGCUGCCGACAGCCUUCCCCCCGGAAACUGGAAUUUCAUGGCCCCUAGCCCACAAGGCUAUCCAAUGUCAUGA